CUACUGAUUAAAGAUCUGAGGUGGCAAAGAUGGGAGCGAUUUAAAGUUUCGAACAUCCAAAAGAACCUAAUCACUGAGGGUGUUAUGGAUGUGUUGAGUCUUUCUGGACUCAAAUGGAAGUCUUCAUCUAUGAGGCUGGUAAUCCUUAACUUAUUCAUAGUUCUCUCCCAUGGACAGACACCCGCCUCCCCAUCCCUCCCAGUCCGGGUCACUGUCCCCUCACCAUGGCAGUCUCUCCCCCUGUCUCAGGCUGAUCUGGGCCUUCUCUUCACCAACUCUAGCCCCUUCUCUUCCACCCAGUCCCUGCUGCUCAUGCCUCCAUCUGAUUCUGCCUUCAAACCUCUUCUCCGUGCUGCAUUUGGUUCUUACACUGUCACACAGGCGAUGCCUGAGCCCAUUCCUCCUUUAUUCCCAUCUCUAACUGCAUCACUCCUUUCUAAAACUGUUGUGAAAGAGAAAGAGGGUGACAUAGAAAGGUUUAAAGUGCAAGUGCUGUUUCAUAUGAGGGGUGAUGCAAACAGAGGAAUGUGUGUUAACCUCCAUGCUUUCAAACAGACAGAGGAACAGAAAGCCUCCUGCAUCACUCAGCCACCUUUUGGGUUGUGUGUGGUCACUCUGACACUUCCAAAAGACUGGUUUAUGUCUAACCAGAACAUCAAGCCAAACCUGGAUCUGAUUUUUAAGCAACACCACUUCAGCAGACACCGCUCUCGAAACCGUGGGAAAAGGCAUCAGUAUAUGCCAAGAGGACUCGCGGCCAAUUCUGGAUUCUUAACUGAUAAAAUUCAGCUCUACUGCUCUUCCUUCGGCGUUGUGUCCAAUCUUAAAGUUGGGCCCCCUAGGUGUGUGGAGGAGGAAUUACAGCAGUCACAGAGAAAGUUGUACUACAUUGGACCUGUGGGACUUGAAGAUCAGAGGACAGAGAUAAACAAGACCAAACAGAGUUCUGCAUGUUUAGAUGGAAGGGCAGAAGAGAAAGUAUGGUUGGAUUCCAAUGUGCUAAUUCUCUCCAGCAAAGGGCCUGUGCGUACUGGACAGCCAAUCAGAGUGUCCAUAAACCUAAGGGCAAAUUUUAGUGGGGAGUCAAUAAUCAUUAGACUCAAAGUGGAGAAAGGGUUUCUUGAGAUCCGCCCUACCACAAACUCUUACCUAUGGACUGUCAAUGUAGAGAGGACAAUGGGUUCUAAACAUGAUAUAAUUUCCAUCAUCAGCCAUAGGGUAUCCACUUCUCCAGACAACACUGGCUCCUCUGCUCUAAAUCAGUUAGCCUGUCUUACACUUGAAGCUUUACACAGAAGCUUUGGAGUAGCGAUGACUGUCACUGUUAGCUGGUGGGUGGAGUACUCUACUCGCAAGUCUGUGGUAUCACCACACAGGGCAGUCAAAAGCUUUUUCUCCUUUACUGACAGAGAAGUGGUGGGCAUUGCUCCCAUCACAGAGAGCAACACUAUCAUCAACACAGCCAUCUUAACAAGCCAGCCUGUGUCACUUCCUGUCGUUGUCCUAGCAGUGGGCAAAAAUGGCAAAGUAUCAGAUGUGACCUCAGCAGUGAAAUGUCAUUCCACCAAUGAAGAUAUUGUCAAGGUAUCUCAUGAUUGCUCUGUACUCUUUGUGGACGGGAGUGAAUCUGGAAUGGGCAGCAUCUGUGUGGAGGUGGAAUUUUCUUUGGGCAUGUUCAGUGGCUCUUUAUGCUUAUCUGUCUGGGCUCCGGUAGUUCCUCUGCGUGUAUCUCUCUCAGACACUGUCCUAAGUCCCAUCGGUGGCUGGAGCUACUACAGUGAGAGCGGGUGUAUGCCAGUUUAUCAGAGAUCCACAAUACAGAUCUUGGCACAAUUCAGUGCCCAAUCAGCAAUGCAAGGUGGCCAACCAACUUACAUGCUUGGAUCGCCAGAUUGGUUCGUGGAUGUGACUGAACUUGUUCGAGACUGGCUCAGGAUAGAAAACCCACGUAUUGCGGCUCUAGAUAAGAACAGACAUCUAGUUGGCUUGAAGCCUGGAAUUACAUCAUUAUAUGUGAUAUCAAGUCAGUGGGAUGGUGUACUUGGAAGUGCUGAUGUAACUGUGACCUCUGAUCCUGUCAGUCCUGCUGACCUCUCUGUACAGUUGGUGGGAGGGCUUGGCCUGUCAAUCAAUUCCAGCCCAUCUCAUCCUUCCAUUGUCACAGCAACAGUUAAUGCUCACAACACACUGUACAAUCAUGGGCAAGAAGCAUCUGUCAGCGUUUGGAUCCAGUUUGGUGAUGACACCGCCACAUUGGUAUCUGCCUUCAGUGGGAUCCCCUAUUCUCUCCGCCUUUCCUCUUUGGCUGAGUCUGUGGUUGCUGUGACACCUGCUCCAUUCCAGCGCAUCUUAGCACAAGGUGAUGGUGGAGGGCCUCUUGUGAAAGCAGAGCUGCUGGUUUCCACCUGUGAACCAGUGUCUAACCAUGUUGAAUUGGAAACAAUCCAAGAGGGAAGCAAAAUGAGAAGACUGGCUAAAGGCUCUGGCUGGAUAAGGGUGAACCUGAACAUGGACUUUUGGCCAAUAGGGAGUGAGGAAUCCAACUCUGAGAUGCUUGAUGUGACUGAUAUGCUUGUUAACUCCAACAAGGAUCUGUACAAAAAUGUUGAAGUCGAGAAAAUUCCAGUAAAUUUCACUGGUGACUAUGAUGUUGGUGUUGGAAAUGAUAUGUUCAAACGAAAUGACUUGGAGCAGGCAGUUUUAAUCCCCAACCAUGAAGAGAGUGCAGUGUACUUCUCUCCUGGGGUGGAAAAAGAGAGGAAGAAGGUGAAAACCAUUGAAAGACGAGAAGUCGAGAUUGGUAUCGGAGCUGUGCUUUCUCUUCUCUGUCUCUCCUCUUUCCUUUUCCUGGUCAACUGCCUGCCAUGUGCACUUAGAGAAAAAAGGACCAGACGAAGACAAGAGGGAAAUGUAAAAGACACUGUGGAGGAUGAUGAGGAAACUGGAGAAGAGCAAGAAGAGAAUGAGGUAGAGGGAAGUGGUAAUGGGAAAUGAUGGCAGAGAUGGAGGAGAAAGUACAGGAUUUUUGUGUACAGGAUUCAGUUAUUACAUUUUGUUCAUAUCCUGCAAAAAGUCAAUAAACAUCUGUAUUUAUGGUCACAGAUUUGUGGUCUUGCCCAUCAGCAAGAGCAGCAAUUUUAGGUAAGAUGUGAAGAGAGUUAAGGAAAUAUAUAUAAUCUUAAAUUAUUUUUAGUAAUUGUUUGUUAUUUUUGUUGUUGUUAAAGGAUUAGUUCACCCCAAAAUGAAAAUUCAGUCAUUGUUUACUCACCCCUGUGUUGUAUAAUCCCAUAUGACUUUCUUUCUUUCUUUUUCUUAACACAAUGGGAGACAUUGUGAAAAAAUGUUGUGCUCAGUGAUGUCAUACAGUGGCAGUUUAUGGUGACCACCUCUUCAAGCUUCAAAAGGACUCAAAAGUAUAAUUCAGAAGUCUAAUAAAUUAUUGUGACUCAUAUCUUAUUCUGAAGGAAUAUGAUAAAGUUUGCUGAGAAACAAACCGAAUCUUAUGUAUUAUUUAGUGAAAAUCUUCAACAACCAUUGAUCUCCUGAGCGUGUUCAUUAGACAGCCUGCACAAGAGCUUUAGUAUGAAGGUAAAAUAGUGCCUAAAUGAUUUGCAUGCACAGAGUGAGAUUUGUGAAAGUGUAAAUCAAAUUGCAAGUGAAAUUUGUUUUGCGUGUGCACAGAACGUUUUGUAAAGGUGUAAAUCAAGUUGCAAGCGUAAGAAAAAAAUUAUUAGCAAUACUUUUAUGGUUUGCAUAAGUGUAAUUCAUGUGUUGUGAAUAUGUAAUUUCAUAUUAACACAAAGUAAAUGUGGUCUGUACUGUUCUGACUUCCUUUUUUUUUUUUUGUGCUUACACUUUUGGCACUGUUUUUGAGCCUAAACAUGGGCAAAAACAUUGCAAACCUGCAAUCAGCGAUAUGCAAGCAAAG